AUCGACUCACAACGCAAGGCAACACAGCACUACACACACACACACACACACAACUUCAAUGGGGAGGGCGCCGUGCUGCGACAAGGCGACGGUGAAGAGGGGGCCAUGGUCACCGGAGGAGGAUGCGAUGCUCAAGGCCUACAUUGAGGAGCGUGGCACCGGCAACAACUGGAUUGCACUGCCACACAAGAUUGGGCUGAAAAGAUGCGGCAAGAGCUGCAGGCUGAGGUGGCUCAACUACCUGAGGCCCAACAUAAAACACGGGGACUUCACCCCAGAGGAGGACAGCACCAUCUGCAAGCUCUACAUUAGCAUCGGGAGCAGGUGGUCAAUCAUCGCCGCACAGCUGCCAGGAAGGACCGACAACGACGUCAAGAACUACUGGAACACCAAGCUCAAGAAGCGGCUCCUCGGCGGCCGCCGCAAGGACCGCGGCGCCGGCACGCAGCAGCACCGUCAGGGAGAGCUGGACGGCGCCAACAACGACGGCGAGCAGCAGCCGCUGAGCGCGUCGGCCAUGGAGAGGAUCCAGCUCUGCAUGCAGCUGCAGGAAAUGCAGAACCCCCUGAGCAGCAUCGGCAACCACAACAACUCCUUGCACCUGUGGCAGCCUAGCAGCCAUCAUCAGGUGGCCGCCACUCACAGUAACAACAGCAACAGCAACAGCAGCCGCAGCAGCAGCUUCGAUGUAACAGUAGCUGCUGAGCAGGGACAGUCCAGCUCUCUGAAUGGUCAGCACCUCGGCGGACAGCAGCAGAUGGAGACGGCAGCCGCCGCAGACGGCCUGGCCUCCCCGUCGAGCGCGGGCAACUCAAACAUCGUCACCAUCGAAGCCGAGCUUCAGGAGCUUCUCUACAGUGCGACCACGACGACCACCGACAGCGUCGUCACACAGCAAGGGGGUGUGGACUGGUGGAGCUAUGAUCAGGGCAAGUCCCCAGUGAAUUGCUGGGAUUUCACCCCUGAAACCAGCUCGGUUCUCCAGGACUACGCAGCUGUGGUGUAUGACAUGUGAACAAAGUGUGAAGAGGACCAAGUUAUUUAGGGGUGGUAAUAGGGAUUUGUGUAGGCUUGGAUCUUGUAAGAGUCCAAAGAAACUGUAACGAACUUCUUGUGAGAAAUAUGUAGUAGUAAGCUGCUGUAAGGCAUAAAUAAAUAAAUAAUCAACAAAGGUAUGUAAGAACAGGUUCCAGCAAACAAAUGUAAAUUGGCACCAUGUUGUACAAAGAACAGAUAAGAGGAACAUGAG